CGUUUGAUCAUUGGUCUCCACUCCCCAAGUUUUGCGUUCACUUUUCAACUGGGCAGUUCAGGUACAGCCUUCCAGUGCUUGUAUAUCGCGAGUUAGUACGAACUUACCAAAUCGAGUGAUCGCAUCGCGAAGUACGCCGCAGGCAAGCAACUCGUUCAUCGUUAAAAAUGGUUCUCCAAAUUACUAGCUCGGCUGAUCUCAAGGCCAAAUUGAGUGAGGCUGGAAAUACGCUGGUCGUCAUAGAUUUCUUUGCUACUUGGUGCGGACCGUGCAAAAUGAUUGCACCAAAGCUCGAGGAAUUGUCCAAGGAACUCAAUGACGUUAUCAUCCUCAAAGUUGAUGUCGACGAGUGCGAGGAUAUUGCCUUCGAGUAUGAAAUAUCCAGCAUGCCCACCUUCGUUUUUAUAAAAAAUUCUGCUGUGCUGGAGUCAUUUGCCGGUGCUAAUUUUGACAAACUAAAAAACACCAUUCAGAAACACAAGUGAAAAUCUGUGAAAAGAAAUCUAUUCCAUUAUUUUUAAUUGUAAACAAUGCUAAACACAAAUAAUUACAUACAUAUAUAUGUAUACGUAUGAGUAUAUACAAAUAUAUACAUUUAUAUAUAUAUAUACGUAUGUAUAUGUAUAUAGAAAUCAGAAAUUGAAAUAUUCCGCUCAUUUUUAAGCUUAUUGUCAGUGCGUCAUUUGUCGACGAAAAAAUCCAGUAAAAAACUGUUCUGCUGUGCCGUCGCACAGAUAUAUUAUUAUUACAUACCAAUCUGUAUACAAUAAACAGUUUAAUGUUCAGUUUUGUUAUUACUGAAGUAGAAUGAAAAUAAAGGAAAGGAAACAUUGGAAUUUAA